AUGUCCAGCGCUGCAGAUGCUGAGCCAAAUGUCGCGUACGUGUCUGACUCCGAGUUUGAAACCGAGAGUACUAGCUCCUACGACGCAUCCGAGAGUGCAUCCGAGAGUACAUCCGAUGUACCAGAGCACAAUCUUAAAGAGUUAAGGCCUAGCGGCCCCUCUUACAGCUCAGAACCCGACAUUUCUGAUGACAAAUUGGUUUCUCAUGUUCCAGAGCCAGUUGAGAUCGAGUUUGCACACACAGACGAAGUCAUAGAGCCCCAAUUGUUGGAGGCAACAGCGUACUACCGCCCGAUUAAGCCAGCCGCUGAUGAUCCUGAGAGGUUCAGCAAGCCUUACUGUGAUAAGUCAGACAUUUCCAAGUCGACUUUGGAGUCAGAGCAGUCGCUUGCGUUCCAGAAUGCGACCAUGCGCCAUGUAACUCCAGAGUUUGAGCCAGAGUUCAUAUCAGAACUUGAGUCCGGCGAAAACAUGUUGCCAGACGAAGGCCACAGCCCAUCGUGCGAGCCAGAGAGCACACAAGAGGCUGGUCGCAGCCAGUGCCUUAUGCUUCCAGCAAUAAGCACUGGCAUCGCGGAGAUGUCAGAGUUGUACCCGUUUGCCCUUGGGUUUGAGCCAGAUGUGCCCAGAGCCGACCCAAGAGCACUGAGCAGUCUAGCCAGCGAAGAAGCCAGAUCGGUCAGAGAACCCAUUAUUGAGCCGCCCCCUGGGCUCAGAGUGACGCCCCAGCCAGUAAUUGCCAGAACUCCAAGAACCGAAUGUUGA